GUAAGCGAGUUCUUAGGUCAUCAAUAUGACAGCGAGGAUUUUGAAGCAAAUUCCAUUUUCAACAUUAUUAUUCACUCAAUCCUAACGAUGACAGCAACGCUGGGGAAUGGAAUGAUUAUCGUUGCCAUCUUGAGAUCCCAGAAUCUACGAACGCCAUCCUACUUACUGAUAACAAGUUUAGCCUUCACUGAUCUCCUGGUUGGUUUAUUGUUUCAUCCUCUGGAUAUUUCAAUUGGUGUUUUAUACCUGCAGGACAACGUCCAAAGUGUAUGUGAUGCCAUGAGAGUGUUUAUUUUYGUUACUACUUUCCUUGGAACACUUUCAGUUGCGAUGGUCACAUGUAUCAGUAUAGACAGAUACUUGGCGCUUACUCUAAGACAUCGAUACACCAUUAUUGUCACCAAGAAACGAGUCCGCUUAUUGAUUGUAGGCCUAUGGAUCUUUUUCUUGCUCUUUUCAUUCGCUACUCGACUGGAAGAUACAUACGUCAUCUUUCACAUUAGCGCCUUCUCGAUAUCGUUUUUCCUUUUGUCAACAACCUGUGUUUUCUACAUCAAGUCUUUCAGAGCUCUUCAUCUUUACACAGUCCAAGUUCACGCCCAACAACCAAACCCGUUGUUUGAWGUUGUCAGAUACAAGAAAACUUUGAAGACAAUGCUCGCGGUACUAGCAUGUCUUCUACUCUGCUACGUACYAGCUGUUUGUAUUGUCGUAGUUCGACUCACAUUUGGUAUUAGUAAAGAAUCAGUGAUUCUCUCUUCGAUACUCGUAAGUUUUCUGGGUCUUAACUCAAGUAUCAAUCCAAUUAUUUAUUUAGUUCGUUUCGCAGAUAUUCGAAGCGCUUGUCGUCAAAUGUUAAGAGACCUGAUACAAUGAAAUGACUAUUUGCGCCGCUUGAAUCCGACAAUCACGUACUAUAAACCUGAAAUAGUGAAAUAAAGU